ACUAUGACACAGCAGGCCACUCCUUUUUUUUGUCUCAAACUACUUCCUCACCUCGUCUCCUCUCUUUCACCGUCAUGGCUUUCACUGGGAAAUAUGAGCUGGAGAGUCAAGACAACUACGUGGAGUUUCUGGAAGUCAUUGGGCUUCUCAAUGCCAAGACAGACCACAAAGUGGUAACGGAGGUGCUUCAGGAUGGGAAGAACUUCACCUGGACACAAACCCUUCCCAACUGGACCUGGUCCAACAAGUUCACCGUUGGACAGGAAUGUGAGCUGGAGACGAUGACAGGCGCUAAAUUCAAGUCUCCUGUUACUAUGGAAGGCGACAAGAUUUCAAUCCAGUUUCCUCAGUACCACUUCACAGCAGAGAUCCUUGAGGAUAAGCUAGUGAUGAAUUGCAUCACUCCAGGAGAGAAGAGUGUGACUUUCAAAAGAAUCAGUAAGAGGAUCUAAUGCUGCGAGACUCAACAUGCAUCAAUGCAACUCCAAUUACUGAACCAAGAGGAAUAAAAUAACCAUCUGUAGUGAGGAGCAAAUAGAGUGUUUCUUAGCUUCACAGGACUGGGUUUUGUUGUGUUGUUGUGUAUAAAUGGAAGGGCUGAAACUGUGAACUGUACUUCAACAUAGAUUAAGUAAUUCACCUGUACCAGUAUCCUUGUUUGAUCCAAUAAAAAUAAUUUAAAUAUAA